UUUUUUUUUUUUUUUUUUUUUUUUUUAAAUUAGUCAGAUCCGAACUUUUUAAAAACCAUACCAAAUGGUCCUCAAUCAAUUGUUCAAGCUUCAAACCGGAGAUUUCACACGCACGGGCACAGGUCCGCCUUUUACUCGCGACCGGCGACUCCCUGCUGCUCCACACUGCCUCAGCCUCUCACCUCGUCUCUCGCCACCUUCAACCACCGACCAACGGUGACCGAGGCCUCUCAGUUCUCACUUCGGUAUUCUUAUUUUCGAAAUGGAGGAAUCUGAGAAAAGAAGGGAAAGGCUGAAAGCGAUGCGAAUGGAAGCAAGUCGAGGAGGGAUUAAUAACGUUCCUGAGAGUUCUGAAAUUGUCAGUCAUGGCCUUUCCAAUCCUUUGAUUGAAGGUGAAACUGCAAUUACAGCUAACUAUGCUUCUCCGAGGUUCGAUUAUUACACUGACCCUAUGGCAGCAUUCUCUGCAAACAAGAGGAGUAGUCAGGUCUCUCAUCAGUCUCCACAACAAUAUUACAACACACCUCCAAGUAGCCAGGUCUCUCAUCAGUCUCCACAACAAUAUUACAACACACCUCCAAGCAGCCAGGUCUCUCAUCAGGCUCCACAACAAUAUUACAGCACGACUUCAAGACCAAAGCAUUUAGAUAGGACUCAGUCCUCAGCGUAUCAAGAUCAAUCUUUAAAAUCUCCUGGUCAGAGAAUAUUCCAAGCACCCAGUGCCUUUCACAAUUAUGGUCCUGUCAGGAGCCCAUCAGCCAGUUCUCCGGGUAGAAAUCCUCUGAGCACAUGGGGUGCAUUUAACUAUAGCGGUUCAUCUAAUUUGCCGAGAGGCAGUAACUUCAUGAGUCCGGGCUUUGGACAAGGAGAUACUCCUAAUUUCAGUUAUGGCCGGGGCAGAGGUCAAAUGUACAACAGCAGUCCCUCGUAUGGUUCAGGACGUGGAGCGAGUCCAUAUCCCGAUUCCGGAAGAAGCAGGGGUAGAUCAUCAGGUUAUAAUAGCAUGAGUCCUGGUUCAGGACAGAGAGGAAGGAGAGGUGCAAGUUCGCAUAGUCCUGUCUCAGCAGAGCUAAGACCAGAUCUAUACUACAACCACGAAAUGAUCGAAGACCCCUGGACGGAGUUGAACCCUGUUAUUUGGAAGAGUCAAAAUGUUAACCCAAAUUCUGAGAAAUCGUCACUUCCAAAAUCCAUUAGCAUGAAGAAACCUAAGGGUUCAUCAGAAUCUUCGAAUAGAUCAACUUCUGAGCCAAGCCUUGCUGAAUACCUGGCUGCCUCGUUCAGUGAAGCAGCCAACAAGUAGGCUGGUGAUGAUUAGCCCAGCCAGCAUAUGGAGAUUGUACUUUCCUGGCUAGCCCACUUCCUACCAAUGCAUCGGGUGGGCUGGCAUUUGCUGUAAUGAAAACAUCAAGAAAUGAACGCAGGUGGAUAUAAUUUGCAUUCGAUACAUUUCCAAUUGUAGAACAUCUGGUUGUAAAGUGUUAUCUAGUAGCUAACCUUUUUUUUUCUAGCUAAACUGUGUCGAACGAUUGUAGCAAUGAUUUUCAUUUUUUCUUCCAGUAAAAGUUUAAAGAAUCUUUAGAAGUGAUAAUUGUGGUGGUAA